UCCAGAGAUAGAGCCGAGAGGCCGCACACAGCCCUCUCGGGAGCAGAGGAGCCGAAAUUCGCGCGAGUGCGGGCCUAGAGUCGCGGCCAUAGCCACAAGUGUGCAGUGUGUGGCCUGUCUAGCGGCUCGCUCUGGCUCUCUGCAGCUCUUCUAAUAAACCCGCGCGCACGCAUCGCUGCGGGGCAGUUGCGCACGCGCGGCGUCUCUCGCUCUCUCGCAGCAGCCGAGAAGCAGAGUAGCGCAGCGUGCGCGCGAGCGAGCGAGCGAGCGACGCUCAGUUUUCACGGGGGUUUCGCCUCGCACGGACGCAGCGAGGAUCUGCCGUCGCCGCCGGAGGAUCUCCAGCUGGUCGGCGCAGACAGCAGCAGCGAGGGUCAAGGAAUCGCGAAAAGAGUGCGGCAGCCAGAGAGGAAAGGAGCGAGAAAGUGAGAGUGGUGCUCGGGAAGCGGCGGCGACAGAGAGAGCGAGAGAGCGAGAGAGAGAGAGAGAGAGAGAAAAAGAGAGAAAAAGAGCCCCCCCUGCGCACGCAAAGCAGGCACGUUUAUCCGUGAUGAUAGGCGGCCGCCGCGGCAGGAAGGGAUCUCUGUAGGGGGAGAUCCGCGCGCCGCUGAUGCAGACCGGCUAAUCGUCCAAGGUGGCACAGAUUGAACGGAGCCAGCGAGCCAGCAGCAGCAGCAGCAGCAGUUCCCCUCCCGCAGCCUGUAGCAGCGGCCGGCCACGCUCUGCGUAAACGCGCGAGCGCGCGCCGCGGGCAGUGCUUCCGCCCUGAUCGAGUGCAGCGGCUGCGGCAAUAGUACCACGCAUGUGAGAGGGCCUGCGACGCCGAGUCGACGACUUCGCACCACUUACGCCGGCCGACAUGGAGGUGGCCACCGAACUAUCGCCACUGUCCGGCAUGGACGGGCAGAAGGCGAAGGCCGAGCGCAGCUCGUACUACCCGCAGGAGGCCGACCGGGCGCCGCUGAGCUUCCGCGGCAAGUUCGCCACGUUCAUGAAGCACAACGCCCUGACGAUGCUCACCGUCACGGGCGUCCUCUUCGGCAUCGGCCUCGGGCUCAUCCUGCGGAACGCGCGCGACAACUGGACCAAGCGCGAGAUCAUGUACAUCAACUACGUGGGCGAGCUCUUCCUCAGGAUGCUCAAGAGCUUGAUACUGCCGCUCAUCAUGGCCAGUCUCAUAUCGGCCAUCGGCUCGCUCGAUCUCUCGCUCAGUAGCAAGAUCGGCGGCAGGGCCAUCAGCUACUACAUGCUCACGACCGUCAGUGCCGUCAUUCUCGGAAUAAUCCUCGUCAACCUGAUCCAGCCGGGGAGGAAUCAGCACAGCACCGAUACCAAGAACGCGACGACGCGCAACGUCCUCACCUCCGACACCCUCAUGGAUCUGGUCAGGAACAUGUUCCCGCCGAAUCUCGUCGAGGCUUGCAUUGCUCAGCACCAGACCAAGAUCAUCCAGGGAGUGAACGAUACGACAGACAACAAGCACGAGUGGGAAAUCAAAUUCGGCACCGAGCCCGGCACCAACAUCCUCGGCCUCGUCGUCUUCUCCACUGUCCUGGGAAUAACUCUGGGAAAGAUGGGCGACAACGGCAAGCCGCUGCUCAACUUUUUCGAGACUCUCUCCACUGCCAUGAUGAUCAUCACCAACUGGGUGGUUUGGCUGUCGCCGCUGGGAGUCAUGUUCCUGGUCGCCUCGAAGAUCGUCGAGAUGGAAACCCUGAGCACAGUCGUCUCGCAGCUGGGCAUGUACUUCCUCACGGUCAUCGUAGGCCUGUGCAUCCACGGCUUCAUCAUCCUGCCCUCGAUCUACUUCCUCUUCACGCGCAGGAAUCCCUUCACCUACGUGUCCAACAUGGCCCAGGCGAUGGCGACCGCGUUCGGCACGUCGUCUAGCUCGGCCACCCUGCCCGUGGCCAUAGCCUGCCUCGAGGACCGCAACGGUGUCGAUCCUCGCGUCACUCGCUUCGUCAUGCCCAUCGGCGCCACCAUCAAUAUGGACGGCACCGCUCUCUACGAAGCCGUCGCCGCAAUCUUCAUCGCUCAGGUCCGUCAAGUUAACCUGACCUACGGACAGCUCGCUGCCAUCAGUAUCACCGCGACGGCGGCCAGUAUCGGAGCCGCCGGAAUCCCGCAAGCUGGUCUGGUUACGAUGGUCAUGGUACUCGACACCGUCGGUCUCCCAUCCGGCGACAUCUCGCUCAUCCUUGCCAUCGACUGGUUGCUCGACCGCUGCAGGACGACCGUCAACGUGGUGGGCGACUCGCUUGGUGCUGGCAUCGUAAACUUUUUGAGCAGGAACGAGCUGGCGGCGCUGCCGCGACACACUAGCAGCCAAAACAAGAACGGCGGCGGUGGCAGCGGCGGCGGAGACAACCACACUACGGCGAUAUGAGACGAGCCGCAGCCCGCGGAGCUGUAAUCGUCGUCCGCGCGAUGAUCCUCGUCAUCCGCGUCGUCAUCGUCAUCAGCCGAUCACCGACGAGCGACCGCGAGCGCGACCUGAAAAACUCGCUCGACUUUCCGGGGGGAACGUUACCUCACGAGAGCGAGCCAAGUGUCGGAGAAUCGCCAGCGGCGAUGCACCGCCGUAAAUGCUGCACCGUUAUCAAUAUACGCAGGCACAUUAUCGUUUCCUUCCGUUCGUUACUCUUGAUGGUUUCUCACGACAGGCACGGAUCGAUCCGCUUUUUUAUGUAUGGUACUACUCUACUGGACAUACGUUCGUGUGUGUAGCAUAAGCUAUUUGUAUACACAGAGACGAUCAUGAACGCUAAAAUGUCCUCCCAGGCAGCUGAGAACGCGCGCGGAUCAAUCUAUACCAAUAGCGAACGAGUUCGAAUUUCAACGAUGAAUACACAUGCCAAAUAUAGAUAUAUACAUAAUAUGCUGAUGCCGCGUCGCGGUGCCGCGGAUUUUAAAUACGCUUCUAUACGAGUCAGCCUCGCGCUUCAUCGCGGCUCGUGCCAUAUAUACACGUAUACUACUAUCACACUGUUCACUGUCGCGCAAAUGCCCGGGUGAGGUCGACGAUUCUGCCUGACGCGGUUUCAAUCGAGUGUUCCAUUCGCUAUAGGAUAUUUUUUUUUAAUUCUAUUCAAUGUGUGCCGUCGCGAUCGCAAAUUUCGAUUCGAGAUGGUUUUGUUUAUACCGGUGAUAUAUGAUAUUAAUAUGAUAUUAAUGUAAUGAAAAGUAAUUCUCGUUAUUGCGUUGUACAAGUAACAGGUAUACUUGACUCUUGAGAAAAUAGCCUCACGAGAUGUUUUCCAUUGGUUAUAGUCUGUAUAUUUUUAUGACUAGAAAUUGUAUUUUUUGACUUGAGCGCUUGUAUAUUCAUCUGUACUUGCCGCGUAGAUCUGGGGUUUUUAUUUUUUACAAAUACGAAGAAAAAACUUGGUUUUUCGAAUAUACUUUGCAAGUAUAUUAUCUUGCUCCUAGAUCAGGAGCACUGUGCACACGCAAGAACGAAGAAGCGUCACGAUGUGUUCGCAAACAGUCGACCGCCUAACGAGUGUUCGACACAAUGUGUUUAAUCAUUUUUAUCGUUCACCCAGUACAGGUUUAGAGCUAGGGCGUGUGGCGGGUUCAUAAUUGUUAAUAAAAAUGCAAGUUGCCGAUUCGCGAGCAGGCAAACUACGCGCGUCGUAUACAAAUAAAUACAUAUAAUAUUGCAAAUUACGUUGUGCGUGUCCGCGAGCGCGCAGGCGUAUAGCUAGUAAUUCUAGUGGAUAGUACAAGUGAUUCAUUAUAAUGGCGUAAUGAAUAUUUACUCGCGCUACCAUAAUUAGUUCGUGUAAUAACUGUGUCAGUUCAACAUCGCUAGGUUUAUCGCAUUUUUGUUUUUGUAAUAUUAUUAUACUAUUAUUACAUUCGCGAAACACUGUACCUUGCGUGGAAGACGACAAGAAGAAACAAAACACUCGCGUCGUCAAAAUCUCGUGCUACAGUUAUUCUAUAUAGGUAUUAAUAUGCCAUGAAAUUGCAUUGUACGUAGUCAGGGAAUGCGAGAUUAUAGAAAAUUUAACGAAAAGAAGCAAAAGAUAACUAGAGCUUGCGAGUUAAAUUAUUGUUAGUCGCGAGAGAGUGUUUAAUUUUUUAACGUCGAUCGCGGGCGUCGAUCGUCCGCUAGAAGCGCGUCCGAGACGCGCAACUGGUGACAAUUGGAUACCUUGAUUAUUCUAUAUAUACAUACAAAACGAGAACGAGCGCGGUAUUGAGCAAUUUGAAGGAAGGAAAUGAAAAAAACUAUAUCAUGUAUGUAAAUGUUGUUUUGAGAAUUAAAAAUAGAGUAUUUACCUGAGCAUUCAUAUCCGUAUACACAUACUUGAGGUGGUCUUGAACACUACGAUAUAAUUAAACUAAUGAGGUUAUAUAUUAUAUAUAUAUAUAUGUAUACGAAAUACGAUUUUUUGAAUCGUUCACGAGGCGAGAGUCGGCGAGGGGAAGAAGGGAGGAACGAAAGGGUUAAGGAAAUAUAUAUAUAUAUAUAUAUAUCAGUCAAUUCGAAUUUCGACAAUAGAAAGCUGAACCGAGCACAAUCAAACUUGAAAGUAUACACGUGCGCACACGAGUCGCUGUUCGACUUGGCUGACCAACCCCGCAUAUUAUAUUAUAUACUUGGUACUCGUGUGCGAUACGGCACAAUCGAUAUAUGUAUUAUACAUAGAUACAGAGGUAGGAACGAGAAAGAGGAACAAUAAUCCACUGCACAGAGUCACAUCCACAGUAUACACGAGAAACAUUGCGCAUGUUGUACAUAUAUUUACCAAUACGAGAGAGGCAGUUGUAUUAUCCAAAUUCAAAAAUUUCGCUCUGCCCCCAUAUAGUUUUGUAAGAUUUUUUCCGUUGUAAACGUCAAAUAUAUAAUUCUACGUUGAUAAUUGGAAUCUCCAUUUUAUGAAUUUGCUAUUAUAUACAUCGCGUGGCGCGUCUGGAAGGCUCGCCGCCUCUGCGAUUUAUAGGCUCCAAAGGCUAUAAUAAGAGACAUUCCAGAACAAGCGAGUGUUACUCGAGAUACACGUAGCUCACGUAUACUACUGAAAGUUCGACUGCAUAACCCGCAGCAAAAAUAAAGUACGAUAGGUCAAAAUAAAACUAGGGGAGUUCGUGUACGAUAAAUGAGAGCACCGAUGGAAUUGGCACAAUAAAAUGAAAGUCGAGUUUCUAGACCGUGUGUAUUAUGUAUAGGGUUGUUUCACACACUGCCGCGAGAAUAUUAGGACAGGUUCAAGGGCUCUAAUUACUCUAAACACCAGAAAUGCGCAGGAGAAUUAAUCGCCAUAUCAGGAAAUUCAUAUCGCUACCGAUUGCGCGCACAAGCAAAUCUAGUGUACCGUAUAGCAACAGCAGCAUAUCCUUACGAUUCCGUAUUGUCAAAAGUAAAAGUAACCCGAGAUACACAUCAGCGAGCAUAUCGAGAAUAAUGACAAAAAAUGUUGAACAAAGCUCGACAUCUGUGAUUUCAAGAAUAAAAACAAACGAACGUCUCUAACAGUUGUCGAUUCGAGUUUUUGACGAAAUUCGUACAAGCUCAUAUACGUAAAACGGUGCCGUCGAGUUUAGAUAGUCGAUGUGCUCGAACAUGGCUCGAUUGAAUUUUUUCGACUUAUAAUUGGCCCCGUCGCAUUUUCAUUCAUUUCUAUACUAAAUAUCACGGCGCAGAAGGGAGACGAUUAAAUUUGGCAUGUUGAUGUUAAAUUAUAACUUGUGUAUAAGAAUAAAUAAAACAUAUAGAUAAGUACCUAUAAAGAUAAGUAUAUGGGAUAUACCCUAGGAAUUUAAAUAUACGCAACGUUCGAUUGCAUGCGGGAGAACAACUGAAGACAAUACUAGAUAAUCACAAACCAAGAGAGCUGCGAUCUUGAUAUGAAAGUAAACCGGAAAACACGAGCACAAUUCUCUAUAAUAUACCUAAUGCAAAAGUAACGAAAAAUGAUUAUUAACGAUUAAUUAAUAAAAAGUAACAAUAAUAUAUACAAGAGCCGCUGCGAUGCAUUUAAUGAGAAAAACAAAACAAUAUGUAUACACACAACAGCGCUUGUUCGAUUCUCAAACCCCGUAAACGUAAUUCGCUAAUUUAGAGGUUGUAUGUACAAUAAUUGUAAAACGAACAACAAUAAAAAUGAGGGUAAAACAAGGUUCGUUUGAAUCUUUGCUUUUGCGCAAAUUUUUUUUAACGUUCCGUACACGUUUCACAGACAAUAAACAAUGAAUUGACAUUAGAGUACAAAGAUUUUGCGUUCUCGGUUGUUCAGCUGUUUACUUACAAAAGAGAGACUGGACAGAGCAAGUGCAAGCAGAUUGCGACAGCGGACUAGGAUAAUGCACAAUUUUGUCGAAACAAGAAAGAAAGUACGAUAAAUUUGAUUGAUUUUUAAAGUAUCGAAUUCAUUCAGAGUUACGAGACUUGGACCAAAUGCUCUAUAUACUUCUAUUUCAAGCCCGCAUUAUCAUUAGUCGGAAACUAGCGCGAACGAGGCGAAUGAUUAGAAAAAUAGCGGGACACACGCGUUCUAGUUUUUUAUCGAGACGAUACUUUGGAAUUAUUCUUUUUCAAGGAGCACACACAAAGUUGAACCAAAGAAGAUAGGAGCAAGAAUUUAUGUAUACACAUAUAUUAAAAAUAAAAAAGAACGUAGAUUGCGCGAACGCGCGAUUGCCAUAGCGCAGAAAAAGAAAUAACAAAACUAAACCGAUCGUUCAAGCAUAAUAAUUGUAUAGCGUUUGUGAGCCAAAAUCUAUAUAUGUAUGUAUGUAUUUACUAUCGUUGUAACUCGCCAAAAUAAAGAUCUUGUUUAAACAAAA